AUGAAUCCCGACGACUACGAUUUGAGUACAUCGGAUGGCUGCAGACGGGCCUUGACUCGAGCCUUGUUCGAUGCCGUUAAUGAAGCCAAGGCGAAAUGCUUGGCACAAAUGCAGCGGGAGCAGACGGCGGCGGAGGCGCGGUACCUUCACGUCGGGGAUACAACUGGCCGCGAAUGUCUCAAGAAAUUUUGUAAGAUAGUUGUGGAGGCUUUUGGCGACACAUAUUUGCGACGCCCGACUGCUGAUGAUUGCCAUAGGCUGAUGAGGAUGCACGAGAUGGUGCACGGCUUCCCUAGGAUGCUAGGGAGCAUCGACUGUAUGCACUGGCAGUGGAAGAACUGCCCGACGGCGUGGAGAGGACAAUUUACCAGCGGCUACAAGGGCAGCCACCCUACGAUGAUCUUGGAAGCCGUCGCUGACCACCGCCUCUGGAUCGGGCAUGCCUACUUUGGUGUAGCCGGGUCGAACAACGACAUCAACGUCCUCAACUCAUCCACCCUCUUCGCGGAUCAGUGCAAGGGUCGUGGACCGGCUAUCGAGUUCACUGCCAACGGCCGCAGCUGCCCAAUUGGUGAGAGGAGAGUCUUGUUUGCGGCAAAGCAGGAGUCUGCACGGAAGGAUAUGGAGCGGGCUUUUGGGGUGCCCCAAUCACGGUGGGCAAUCGUGAAAGGUCCGACGCGUUUCUGGUACAAGGAAGUCAUCACCGACGUCAUGUAUGCGUGCAUCAUCAUGCAUAACAUGAUAGUCGAACAAGAAGUUGGACAUGACACCGAUUGGGUGGAUGAUGAAGCCAGACCUAGCUCCAGCACGGCGACCCCGCCUGUCGCUCGAGGAUUACCAAUGGGCUUCGGUGAUUUUCUACAGCGACAGACCUCAAUGCGCAGCCAACAAGACCAUACUCAGCUCAUGACUGAUAUGAUUGAAGAAUUUUGGAACCGCAACCGCUGUUGA